AGAGGUGGGGAGGGGCCGGAGGGGGCGCCCGCCAUAUUCAAGCUGCGCGCGGUUGAGGUGGCGGUUGGGAGCGCGCGGCGGGUCGUUGCUUGGUGUCGGCAUGGAGGCGUUCACCUUUCCCCGCUACAGCCCCGAGGACAUCAUCAGCUACCUGCGCAGCCACAUCCUGGCGGGCUCUGAGGCCCGCAACCUGGUCAAGGAGGACGUGUUCGACAACCCCAAGCCUGAUGUUUUACGCAUGAUUUACAUGAGAAUCCUGCAGAAGGUGUAUGGGAUCAGCUUGGAGCAUUUCUACAUGAUGCCUGUCAACACUGAGAUAACGUAUCCACAGUUAUUUGAAGGCUUUCUACCUGUUUGUAAUUUGUAUGUUCACAUGCAGCGCUUACUUUCGGUGUGCCAGAUUACCGAUUUUCAAAUUGAUGAUAUCUUAAACCCAAAAACAAAGAGGACAGCUCGCUUUUUGAGUGGCAUUCUCAACUUCGUGAAUUUCAGAGAAUUCCGACGUGAGGCUUACUUGGAGUUACAGCAGAACUAUAAACUGGCUAUGGAGAAACGCCAACAACUGGAGGCUGCAAAUCAGGAGGCAGCAAUGAAACUGGAGAAACUGAACACCAUUCCAGUUGAACAUCAAGCAGAGGUCAAGCAACUGACAGAAGAUAUUAGAGAGCUGGAGCAACUACUAAGGCAAGACUAUCGUCGGAAGCAAACAGCUUUGCAAGAAGUGAUUUCGCAAAAGAAGACGGAUAUUGCAGAGAGGACCCGAAAGCUGAAUGAGCUUAAAGUGACGAUGGCUACUUUGAAAGAAGAACAAGAGCAGCUGAAAUCAAAAAUAGUGGAGAGUCCAGAGGAACUGAAAAAUUACAAAGAACUGAUGAAAGAGACUGUUAAAAAACUCAAGAAAUCCAAGCAAGAAGUUAUUGAGAAAUAUGAAGUUUAUAGAGACCUAGUUGAGGUUCUGCCAUCAUGCCAACAAGAGGUGCAGUUAUAUCAAAAGAAGAUGGAAAGACAAGGAGCAAAUGUGGAGAGACUGGCCAGUGUCUUAGCAGAGGUCAGAAAUCUGGAGGACCAGCUUGAGAAUGCACACAUAGAACUGAAAAAGGCGAAGACAGAUGAAAUGUCCUUAAAGAGACUAGUCACUGCAAAACAUGAGAAGCUGUCUACACUUGAAAUAAGGAGAGAAAAGAAGCGUGAAGAAGUUGAGCAAUAUAAGCACACUGUAUUUGAAUAUUGUGACAAACUGCAGGAGAAGAGGGGUGCUGUCUGUGAUAAAGUGACAGCUAUUGAAAAGGAAAAACAACAUACAAGAUUCAAAAUUCAGCAGUUGAAGGAGAAUGCUGAAAAAGAAGAAAUGAAAGCCAAGGAAAUAUCCCGAAAUCUGAAGGCUGGGUUGGAGAAGUUUCAUGAAUCUCUCAUUAAGACAGCAGAAAGUUAUGCAACCUCAAGAGAAGAAAAAAUUGCUGAACUGAAGGGGCUGCUUGGACUUCAGACUUCUGGAAGUAGUUCUUAGACCUGUUUUCACUUGUAUUCCACUUGUAUUCUCAUGUCAGUCCAGUCUAUAUCCCAGCUGGACAAGAUACAAGAAGCCAAGCAUUCCUUCUUUAACUGCUCUGAUAAUUUUUGGGUUGUUGGUUAGCUUUCCCUUUUGGUGAUGCUGUACACAUUCAAAGUGAACUCCUUUGAAUUGGUAUUGUAUAAGUAGAACAGUGAUAUCUACUUUCUCAUGAAGACAGGUUGGAGGUUGUGUUCCGCAGCCUGGAUGUUACAGCAGCUAUUGGGAAAGAGAUUCUCAAAAGCUUCGAAUAGAUGCUAGAAGGAAUUAAUCCAGCCAGCAUGUGAUUUUGAUGGGAUAAACUUACUGUCCUUCAGGUAACUGUUUAUAAAUAUUAAGAUACUUUCUCUAGGGAGAUCAUGCUUGCUUAUCCCAGUGAUUAGGAAUUUGCAGGACAAUGAAAAUGCUAUGUUCUGGUUCUUCCUCUUGGGUUUUGCAACACCAGCUGUUGGGUAAAAUGCUGCAAUUCAUGAAGAAGCAAAACUUAUGGUUUCCAGUGUCAGGUUUAUGUAUUUCCAGUAUGAUUUUGUGCCUUCAGAAUGGCUGAUUUGUUUGUAGCUAACAUACCUAUAAAUAAAGCUGUAUUUUAUCUAGAGAGAAA